CCUAUGCUUCGACUCACUUCAAAUCGACCGAUGAAUUCUGUCUGAGUUCAAAAGGAGUGAUUCGGUUAGGUUCGGGUCGUUGCGUCUACUUGCGCUCCAUGGUCAAGUUGGCUGAAGUUGUCGAGUAGCUAAGCUAAGUUAGCUAAUGUUUUUCUUUCGCCGGGAGCAGGAAAUUGACGAUUGAAGAAAAGUACUUGUUUCUUUUUCUGUGAGCCAAACUGUUUUUUAAGUUUCGCAGGUGCUGUGGUCCAGGUCAGGAGGUCAUGGACCAAGUCCGCAGGAUCCUCGUCCACGUUUGUCGGGACAGAUCUUCACCCCAACGAGUCAACUUUGUCCAGAGUGUCACCGGUUACUUCAGCCGUGAUGGUGAAGAUGAGGUGGACGUCAGCUGCUCUCUGGAGAAAAACCAGUUCUUCAUUCACAGAGGGGAAGGACCCAGGGUCCCACUGAAGAGACCCGCCUUUUGCCCCAUCAAGCACCUGUCAGUCACUGAUGCUGCCAUGCUGCCACAAGACGUGCAGCAGCAGGGAGUGGACGUGGGCGUGAGCGUCAUCCUGCAGUCGGCCAAUUACAAAGUGCUCCUGACCCGGCGACCGGCGCACCUGCGGAUCUUCCCCAACAACUGGGUUCCUCCUGGAGGCCACGUAGAGCCGGACGAGACGCUGCUGGAGGCCGGACUGCGGGAGCUGCAGGAGGAGACUGGGCUGAAGGUAGCGCAGGAGGAAGUGCGCUCAGAGAUCCUGGGUCUGUGGGAGUCCACGUACCCUCCCAUGUUGUCACGUGGUCUUCCUCGCAGACGUCACAUUGUGGUCUUCGUGCUGCUGCGCACAUUGCUGCCGAACCUGCAGCUACAGGAGUCCUUGCGUCCGUCUCCUGCUGAAGUCGACGCCUGCGUUUGGGUGGACGCCGACCUGGCUCGUCUCAUCACGUCCUCCAUGGAUGGGGAGGACCGCCCGAGUCUGCGCGGUCACCUGCCCGGCAGCAUCAGAGUGAUCCGAGUCUCUUCCGACGGCUCCCUGAGUGACUCAACGCUGCCCGGGGCUGUUUUCCUCAACCGGGUGCCGGUCAGCGGCCCGGAUGAGGAGCGGGUCAGCACCGGGACCAAGUUCGCACUGGACCUGUGGCUCCGGAGUCUGGAGGGAUCGGACCAGGCAGCACGAUAAGAGACGACGGUGUCACUGUGGUGUGCUGUUCUUAGACUCACACAAGGUUUUGGGUCGAUGGUGGGUGCAGCAGCGCAGCUGACCUGAAGGGCCCAACCAGUUUCACUCUCUCCUGCAGUUCCCACCUGCUGCCUCCAGUGAGCUGAUGGAGACUGUCUUGUUUAGACCAACUGCCAACCUCUGACUUCCUCAAUGGACACCUGACCCCCCUCAACUGCAGAUCAGUUGUCCUCACAACCUCAGUCUGGGUUACCCUUGAAAUAAAUGAACU